CGACGGGUCCGCGCAGUGCCGCUCUCUGGGCGGAGUGGGAAGGCGGCUGGAGGACGUGCAGCGGGCCCACUUCGGCCGUGUCUCCGGCCGGGUUUCGCUCGGCGGGCUAGUGUGCGCUCGGCCCAGCACCAUGGGGAAGAGGGACAAUCGGGUGGCCUAUAUGAACCCAAUAGCAAUGGCAAGAUCAAGGGGUCCAAUCCAGUCUUCAGGGCCAACAAUACAGGAUUAUCUGAACCGACCAAGGCCUACCUGGGAAGAAGUAAAAGAGCAACUAGAAAAGAAAAAGAAAGGCUCCAAGGCUUUGGCUGAAUUUGAAGAAAAAAUGAAUGAGAACUGGAAGAAAGAACUAGAAAAACACAGGGAGAAAUUGUUAAGUGGAAGUGAGAGCUCAUCCAAAAAAAGACAGAGAAAGAAAAAAGAAAAGAAGAAAUCUGGUAGGUAUUCAUCUUCUUCUUCAUCAAGCUCUGAUUCUUCCAGCAGUUCUUCUGAUUCUGAAGAUGAGGAUAAAAAACAAGGAAAACGGAGAAAGAAGAAGAAGAACCGUUCACAUAAAUCUUCUGAAAGCUCCUUGUCUGAAACUGAAUCAGACAGUAAGGAUAGUUUAAAAAAGAAAAAGAAGUCAAAAGAUGCAACUGAGAAAGAAAAGGACAUUAAAGGACUUGGUAAAAAGAGAAAGAUGUAUUCUGAAGAUAAACCUUUAUCAUCUGAGUCCUUGUCAGAAUCAGAGUAUAUUGAGGAGGUACGAGCCAAAAAGAAGAAAAGCAGUGAAGAACGAGAAAAAGCAACAGAAAAAACAAAAAAGAAAAAGAAGCAUAAGAAACACAGUAAGAAGAAGAAAAAGAAGGCUGCUAGUUCAAGUCCUGACUCACCAUAACAUUAAGAAAAACCAGGAUUCUCUUAUAAAGAAAGUGCAAUGUCUGAGGAGAUUUCAACUGUGAAACCUACAACAUAUUUACUAAAAUGCAUGAAUUUUCUUGUUUUUAGAAUUAUUCCUGACUGUUCAGUAGCCACUCAGAUGCCACUGUGUGGAAGGGCCAUACAUGUUGCCUGCUGCUUGAACAUCUAUUUCUUUCAGUGCUUGAUAACUCUGGGAGAUAAUACACUGCAGUCGUACUAGUGGUUAAGAUAUUUGGGAAUAAAAUUAAUACUCUUGACUAGAAGUGUCUAAGGAUAAAGCAACAGAAAUUGAAUCUGGAUACACCUUUAAGAUGUAAUCAGAAAUGACCAGAUGACUCUAGUUAAAAUUUUUGAAGGAGGGAUUACAUUAAUAUUUCAGAACCCUUACUCUGUAGAUAAGUAUAUUUUAGUUUUUUUCCCCUCGUAUAAUUUUAUUUACCUGGGGAAGGAGCAUUUAGGGUUGAGGGGGGUGGUUUGCUAUCUCUUUAACUAGCAGAGUAGUGUGCCUUUGAUCUUCACACAUCCUGUAUUGUGGACACAGUAGCCAUGCUUCACUGGGAGGUCAGAGCUGGCUACCAGCAGUCUUGCCCUUUACUGAGCUUAAUGUCAUCCUUGGAUGCUGUCAUAUGCUGCUUUGAGUGAACCAGAGAAACAGCCAUUUGCAGCAUGAGAAAGCCCCAAAAGCUCUGGGAUUUACCUCCACUUCAAUAAUAAUGAAUAUUUUUUAGCAUUAGAAUGUGUUAUGUCAUUUGAAUUAAUUUUGAUUAUACUUUGGCUUGGGAGAGGAAUUAUUUUAAAUAGACACUGGUACUUUUUGAACUUGAUAGCUAAAGAUUCUAAAAUGCAUGUUUUAUACUAAGUUUUAACCAGUCAGGAAAAUUUUAUGUAACCAGUGAUAGUUUAUUUUUUGUAUGAAUUUUGUUUAGGCUGCAAUAUUUAGCUUUUGUUAACUCCUCACUCUUGCUGUCUUAAGUUCAUUACUAUGCUUAAUGGCCUACUUGCCAAGAUAUUUAGCAUGUAAAAAGCAGGGUUUUGAUUUAAAAAAAAAAAAAAAAAAAGCUUCAUAUUGAAGCUGAGACUUACCUUACCAUAAACAAGUUGAGUGGCAAGCCUGGUAUGCUGUGUCUUAUUGCCAGAAUCUUAGUAAAUGUAACGUUUUAAAAGUUUGUUGUCUUUGUAUAUUAAUAACAAGUUAUGACAAGUUGAAUUUAAAUAAGAGUUACAUUAUUGCUCUUCCUGUGUCAUAUUUUACUAAGAUUUUGUGCCUCAUAUCUACUGCUGAAUUGUUUACUAGGAAUGUUAAACGGAAUUGAUAAUUCAUUUUCAUUUUUGUAUAAUCAGGUAACAUGAAAUACAACUUGAUGUACAAUUUUGCCUAUUACAAAAGGCGUGCUAAUUAUAGUGGCAUAUGCACAGAACAUGUUGGCAUGACAACAGGCUGAAUAAAUAGCUAUUUUACUUAAAAA